AUGUCGCUGCUCCGACCAUUCCGCGCGACGGAUCUGUUCCGAUUCAACAACGUCAACCUGGACAACUGGACCGAGACCUACUCUCUCAGCUUCUACCUCUCGUACCUGGCGCAGUGGCCAGACCUGUCGUUUAUCCAGACGUCGCCCAACUCGGAGCGCGUCAUGGGCUACGUCGUCGGUAAGGCCGAGGGCAACCCGCACUCGAAGCCGCCCACAUUGCACGGACACGUCACCGCCAUCACUGUCGCGCCCGAGUAUCGCCGUCUCGGCCUGGCAAACGGCAUGAUGAACCUCCUCGAAGACGUCAGCGAUCGUUCCUACCGCGCCUGGUUUGUCGAUCUCUUCGUACGACCCAGCAAUACCAAUGCCGUACGCAUGUACGAGGGCAUGGGCUACGACGUCUUCCGAAAGGUCAAGGAGUAUUACCACGGUGGAGGACCCGGAGGUCGAGACGAGGACGGCUACGAUAUGCGCAAGGCACUGUCGCGAGACACCAAGAGGGUCACGGUGCGCAAGAACGGGCGCAACUUCACCGUCAACCCCGAGUCCAUAUACUUCGAACCGGCUUACCGGCCCUGA